AUGGACGCCGUUCAGUUUCGAAAACUGAACAAAAUUGGCUACAAUAGUCGUCCGAAUGGUUUUGUGAUGCUUUUCGGGAAGACAACAGAGCCGGUGACACGCGAACUGGUCGAUGGCGACCCGAUACCAGCCGACUGGACGUAUUCAACAUACUGCAGGAAAUACCUCGAUGAAUCGAUCUACAUCCCUAUUCAAUAUAGGAAAGCUGGUUACAAGGUGCCGCUUAUUUUUCAAAUUGAUCCCAAGGUUUUCGGGCAAUUUUAUUGA